ACUGUGGCGGGAAGGCCGGCUGGAGUCCUAUAUAUUUUUUCUUCGCCAUGCGCGACGACUCGACCUACGUGCCCAGGCUGGCUGUGUACGGGGACAUGGGCAACUCCAACGCCAGGUCGCUGCCGUACCUACAGCAGGAGGCGCAGAAGGGCACACUGGACGCCAUUUUACAUGUCGGUGACUUUGCUUAUGAUUUCGCCACCAACAACGCUCGAGUCGGGGAUGAGUUUAUGCGACAGUUGGAACCCGUGGCAGCCUACAUCCCUUACAUGGUGUGUGUGGGGAACCACGAGCACGCCUAUAACUUUUCCCACUACCGGAAGCGAUUCACAAUGCCAGUGGCGGGGGGAGACGGUGAAGGCAUGUGGUUCAGCUGGAAUAUUGGCAAAGCUCACGUGAUCAGUUUCUCGACGGAAGUCUAUUACUACAGUGUGACGAGAGAAAACAUCAAAGCGCAGUACGAUUGGCUGGACAAAGAUCUGACAGAAGCAAACCAACCAAUCAAUAGAGAGAAGCGACCAUGGAUCAUCGUAAUGGGCCACAAACCUAUGUACUGCUCCAACAGGCGGGUUUGUAAAAACCCUAAUGACCCCGUUCGCGUUGGGAUCAAAGUAUUCAACAAGAGUCUAGAAGAGCUAUUCUACAAACACGGUGUAGAUUUGGAGUUUUACGCACAUGAACAUUCCUACGAGAGAAUGUGGCCAAUCUACAAGCAUAAGAUAUGCAAUGGCAGUUACGACAAGCCGUACAUGAACCCGAGAGCACCAGUGCAUAUUGUUACCGGAUCCGCGGGUAACCGAGAAGCUCAGUCCAAGUUCAUUCCUUCUGAGCGGAGCGCCUUCCACACUGACGACUUCGGCUACACGCGGAUGAUUGUCCAGAACGCCUCGCACCUGUACCUGGAGGAAAUGUCCGUUAACAAGGGUGGCGCCAUACUCGACAAGAUUUGGAUUGUGAAAGACAAGCAUGGCCCGGGGAUCUACGACUGUCAUAUCUAACAUUGUUUUCGGGCUAUAGUUCGUCAUCGUGUAUUGAUAUCAAUAUACAUUGACUUGAUUUUGUAUAAAAUCCAGAAUUGGUCAGCCAUAAAAAAAAGCGACAGUUUUGGACUUUAAUCAACGGCAAUGACCAUAGGUACUUGAUGAAAGGAUAAUUAACCAUUCACCAUGAUACGGUUAAUGCGUAUUAAUUUUAGCCCCUAUUGACCAAUGUGUGGAAGUUAGUGUGCCACCAAUCCCAAAAUGUACAUUUUUUUGAGUAGACAAAAAGAAGAAAGGAAAACAAAGUUUGAUGAAAACAAUGAUGAUUUUUAUUGUGUUUACAAUUAAAAGCAUGCUUUAAUCAA